GUUACGUCCUAAACUGCUGUUUUCCCAUAACGCAUGGAUGGCACACGGAGCUUGUAUGUGAUUAAACCUAUAUGCGACAAUCGUUUAUGGGCAUAUCUUCCACCUAAACAUGUUGAGAAGAUAAGAAAUGCGGUAAACACCACAGACAUAAAGGAAGUCUUGAAAGAGGCUGGGUUCUCCAGAGAAGUCGAUCUUUUUAGUGAACUGCUUAACCAAGCCAUUUUGCUUUCUGCGACAGAAGAAUUUUCUACACAACAACUAACUGUUUUCAUCACAAUUCUUAACGAAUUAUGGGAGCUGUGCGCAGCAUGUCCUUUUGCAUCCAUCCAGGACGCUGUUAAAACUGCCAGCCAACUGCUGCUCCAACAUUCCGUUCAGCAUCCUCCACAAAUGGUGGAAAUAUUCUCCAUUCGUCAAGCAAGGCAAUGCAUGAAAUUUAUCUUGAGUACCUUGUUUCGUUACUGGAAACUGUACAAAUACAAUCUGACACCAGCGUUUAACCUACUUCCCAGAUUUAUCUACGAUGACGAGGCGAAGACACCGAAAUCAACCCCCAAAUCUCCAGCUCCCUCGGGGAAAAGUAUACUUCACAAACUACUGAGGUCAGCUGCUGGAGAGGAUUUCACCACCGCAGACAACUUGUGAAGGGACUGGAGAUCACUCCCGUAUUCUGUAAUUUUAGCAAACAACAAUUAUAAUGUUUAUCAGCAUGAUGAUUAUCAAACAGACGAAAACGCUUGUUUAUCAUUCUUCUUGGCGAUGCUGAGCUUAACUAUUGUAGUGGCAUCGCUGAAUAACGAUACUGG